CAGACGCCCGCCCACGCCCGCGCUGGUGCUCCGUGGCAGACGCCCGCCCACGCCCGCGCUGGUGCGCCAUCGCAGACGCCCGCGCUGGUGCUCCGUCGCAGACGCCCGCCAAUAAGAGAUCAAUUAGCUCUAAUCACCACCUCCUGCCUACGCCUCUGCCUGCCACCCUCAACAGCAUCACCAUGCCUCACAGUCAGAAGAGUCAGAGCCACAAGCUUGAAGUAGGCCUUCAGGCUGAAAAAGAGGCUCAGGGCCUGGUGGGUUCACAGGUUCCUGUAGCUGAGGAGAAGAAGGCCACCGCCUCCUUGCUCUCUUCUUUGAUCCAAGGCACCCCAGAGGUUGUGCCUACUGCUGGGGCACAGAGUGUUCCCCAGAGUUCUCAGGGUGCCGGCUCCUUCUCUACUACCAUCGAAGCCAUUCCACUGAGCAAAUCAAAUGAGGGCAGCAGCCAAGAAGAGAGUCCAAGCAGCUUCCAGGCUCUCAUGUUCUUGCUCGAUGAUGUGCUAAACAAGAAGUUGGCUCAAUUGGUACAGUUGAUGAGGGUCAAAUAUGUAACAAAGGAGCCCAUCACAAAGGCAGAAAUACUGGAGAAUGUCAUGAAAGAGCAUGAGGAUCACUUCCCUGGGAUCUUCAGCAAAGCCUGUGAAUGCAUGGAGAUUGUCUUCGGCAUUGAAGCAAAGGAAGUGGACCCAACCAGCCACUCCUAUGUGCUCCAGAAGACACUAGGUCUCACCUACGAUGGGAUGCUGAAUGACGGCCAGAGCAUGCCCAAGACCGGCCUCCUGAUAUAUAUCCUGGGUGUGAUCUUCAUGGAGGGCAACCGUGCUACUGAGGAAAGAAUCUGGAAAGUGCUAAAUAUGAUUGGGGUGUGUGCUGGGCAGAAGGAUUUCAUCUACGGGGAGCCCAAGAAGCUCAUCAUCAAAGAUUUGGUGGAGGAAAAGUAUCUGGAGUACCAGCAGGUGCCCAAUAGUGAUCCUCCAUGCUAUGAAUUCCGGUGGGGUCCAAGGGCCCAUGCUGAAACCAGCAAGAUGAAAAUCCUGAAGUUUUUUUCCAAGGUCAAUGGGGUUGACCCCACUUCCUUCCCAUACUGGUAUGAGGAAGCUUUGAGAGAUGAGAAAGAGAGAGCUGCCGCUGGGGAUGCUACUUCUGCCAUGGCCAGCAUCUAGGUUCAUAAAUGACAUUGGUCACAUACUUAUUGCCCUCUGUCUGAUUUUAGAAUAAGUAUUUUUCUAUUCUGUUAAACCUGGCAUUGGAAUAGGAAUUUCCUUAGAAACCUGCAAGAGCCCAACAGUAAAAUAGAUGGGAUCAAGAAACAAGAAAAAAAUGUAAAAGGCGGUUAUCCUAAGAAUCCUAUAUCUCUUUUUGUCUGCUGUUUUGUAAAGUUAAAGAUAUACACUUAGAUUUGCUUGGCUAAUUAAACAAUGUAUGAGAAGUUAAAUUCUAAUAAAUAAGAGUCCUGGC